AUGCCAUACAACAUCCCUCAUGUCAGGGACCUCAAUCCUCGCCCUCCUCGUAUGCUGAUUGGGAUCCGAGUCCUGAAAGAGGACAACCCUCUCCGUCGUUGGGAGGAGGAGAAGAGACUGACAUGGGCCCGGGACUACGCUUACAUGCGCCUGGUGGGCAUGAUCUCGGACAGCGAACCCAGCAGGGGUCGUCCUGCUCGUAGGCUUCCUCGUGCUCCGCUGCCGCCGGGAACACGUGCGCGCAAGGUUCUCCGGAAGCCGCUGCCGCUCGAGUUGCCCGCUCCUCCCGCUCCGCCCACCGCACCGGGCCCAUCGACGCCAAGACCCCAGAGACACCAACCCAUUAUCCCGGCCACAACAGAGCCUUUUGACGCGACCUGGAAGCGUGUGUUCGGACGCAUACCUCCCCGAGUCCUAGCAUCUAUUCCUGAGGAUACCAACAAGAUAAGCAUGGCUCCUCGCACCACUACUGACGACGAUCUUUGCCUUGUGCCUCCGGGCAGUGAGAACGCAAUCCCUACUGUUCGUGGUAUCAUUGAAGAGUACUACGAGGAGCAGGAGUAUGAACAGACUAGUGUCAAGGAAAAGAGGACUCCUGUCUAUCUGUCGCCCAAGGAGGCUCAGUUCACCGCAAUGGCCAUCCGCAGAUCGAACGUGAACCGUCCCCUCGACGUCAGUGCCGUUCGUCUUCCACCCAAGGCUAAACAGCUUCUUGGCUCUCCGCAGCCCGUCAACAACAACAGUGACUGGCACCAUUCCAAGUCCGUCGAGCAGUCUCCUCUUCACUCCAAAAGCAACUCUGUCAACUCACUCAGACACAGCGCGUCAUCAAGGUUGUCCAGUCUGCUCACCCCCACCAAGGCAAGAAAGUCCUCCACUUCCUCACUUGCACAUAACAAAGUGGUGAAGCACGCAUCUUCAUCUUCGCACCACACAGCAAUUUCGCACUCACGCAAAACCACAACUUCUUCUUCUUCCUCCCCCUCAAACACUCUUAUACCCGUCCUUCUAUCAGCGCACACAACAACAUGUCCGCUCAACCUUCCCCCACCAAGGCAGGCUGCUGCUGGUGCUCUUUCCAACAAGAGCCCCAGCGAGUCUUCUGUUUCUCCCACCAAGUCCACCGCUUCUCCUAAGAAGGAGGACUUUUGUCUCAAGCGCGCCUUGUCGAACCUUACCCCCAGCGUCUGCAAGGAUACUCCUCCUCCUACCACCGACAAGAAAGUCUCAUUUAACAUCAUUGAUGUCAACGAACGCUCCGAUGCUUACUCGGGCAACGGCUUCGCUGCCGCUAUCGACGAUGAGGAUAAGCCCAACAACAAGUCGCGUGAGAUUAUCACCGUCGCUUUCGGUGACGACGAGUGCAGCCCCAUCAGGGCUGUCAAGUCUGGUGUUGUCAAGAUGACCCACCAGCCAUACUCUCCCUUUGUCGGCCAGAAGGCUGUCUUCGAAGCUGACCCCAAGCUCGUCAAGGAAAUUGAUGAGGAGUUCCACCCUCAGCUUGAGAAGCAUUCGCCCAAGUCUGCUGAGAAGGCCAAGACUCCUCGCUAUAUCGCUGGCGGCUUGCUCGAGGGUGGUCUGCUUCCUGCUACGACUUACCAGCCUCCUAAGGUUGGAGAGAAGAGUAAGGCUAAGACUGAGAUUUACUCUCCAUCUCUCUACAGUGUUGCCAAUGGUCACGAUGUUUUCCGCUUCCUACGAUGCUGCCGCUCGGGAGUCCACCGCCGCCGCCCCUGCACCCCCAACUCGCCUACUCAGUCAGACGGCACUGACCUCUCUCGCCCUCACAUUGAGCCCAUCAAGUACAUCAAGACUGUCCAAGACAACGAGUAUGUCUACCGUCCCGAGGACCACGUCUUCGACCGUUACCGUGGCGAGACUCCUGUCUUGACUCACGACUUCGCCACUGCCGGUGCCGAGCAGAAGCAGGCCAUCCAUGUCGCAGGUCGUGUGAACACCAACACCCCUGCCAACAAGUACAAUGGCUACGGCGGCCUCGAGUACGAACACCCCAGUGCUGUUCCUCCUCCUCUCCGUCGCACCUCCCGCGACAACUCGAGCCGUAGCUCCUCCGGCCGCUCUGGCCGCUCGAUGCAUGACUUCACUCUUCGUGGCCGCUUCAAGGAGACUGGUGGUCUGGGCAUUGAGCUCAGCGAGAAUGCUGCCGACUACUACUACAACCACGACAAUGGCACCACUCUCGGUGUCGACGGCGACGGUAACUUUGAGAGAGGUCGCGAGACUGCAAUUAUGAGAUCUCCCGAUUUCUACGUCAAGCAGGGCAACUUUGGCACCAGCACUUCUCAGUCUCUCAACUUGAACGAGCACUUGGUCCAGCAGCUCCAUAAGGAGACGAACGAUGUCAUGCACAACCUUCAUGACCACCAGCUGCACAGAGUCAGCCUUCUCUCUGGCAAGGUUGACCGCCUCGCCAACAUUGAAUUCCGUAACCAGGAUAUCAUGAACGCUACUCGUAACGCUGUCGACCACACCUUUGCCGACAACCGCAAGCUCCGCGAGAACGUCGAAGCAAUCUUCUCCGACAGCCGCAAGACUCGUAAGGAUCUUGAUGCCAUCUUUGCCGAAGAGCGCAAGCACCGUGAGGCUGUCGAUGUCAUUGCUGCCAACCACUACCUGCUGCGCGAGACCCUUGAUGGCGUCCUCGCCGAGAACAGCAAGAUGCGUGAGUCCCUCUCUGACAUCUUUGAACACGUUCUCGACCACGAGAAGCUCGAUCUUCUGAUUGACAAGAUUGUCGAACGCCUCCACCCUACCAUCGUCAGAGGACACGAGAAGGACGACCUCAACACUGAGCGCAUCCUCGCCCGUAUCGACAUGACCAAGGGCAACACUGUUCGUGCCUCUCCUGCCUCUUCUGCUGGCCAUUUCACUCCCAGCAGCGACGGAUUCUUCUCUCCCGGCUCCAGGGGUUUCCGCAACCCUUACGCCGAGUACACCGAGGAACCUUCCAAGCGCUAA